AUGGUUUCUCCAUCCCUUACCCUCCUUUCCCAAGCCGGCGUGGACAGCAGAGCCGGCCGCCUAGUUCACCCUCGCCCUGCUCGCCACCUCUCCGCCCGAGGGAGGAUGAAGAUGCUUUGCUGGAGGAUGGCACUGUGGCUGGCCGGGUGGACUGUCUGCGGGAAGCCUUCUUCCUGCUCUGGCCUUGAUUAUGACUACACUUACGAUUUCACUGAAGAGGAUAAAGCCGAGGCGAUAGAUUAUAAGGAUCCUUGCAAAGCCGCUGUCUUUUGGGGAGAUAUUGCCUUAGAUGAUGAAGACUUAAAAAUCUUUCAAAUUGACAGGACGAUUGACCUUACGCAGCACUCCAACGAAAGACUUGGCCAUAAUACAGGUGGCUUUGGAGAGCAUGGAAUGUCAAAAAAACGCAGUGCCCUGUAUCAGCUUAUAGAAAGGAUAAGAAGAUUUGGCUCUGGUUUUGAGCAAAAUAAUACAUUUAAAGGAAGAACUACUGUAAAAUUCUCAGGGAAAAAUGAGAAAAACAGAUUUCCCAGAGCUGCUACAUCACGAACAGAAAGAAUAUGGCCAGGUGGUGUCAUUCCGUAUGUAAUAGGUGGAAAUUUCACUGGCACGCAGCGCGCCAUGUUCAAGCAGGCCAUGCGGCACUGGGAGAAGUACACCUGCGUCACCUUCAUCGAGCGCAGCGACGAGGAGAGCUACAUCGUCUUCACCUACAGACCCUGUGGGUGCUGUUCUUAUGUGGGUCGAAGGGGAAAUGGUCCUCAGGCUAUAUCUAUUGGCAAGAAUUGUGAUAAAUUUGGCAUAGUUGUCCAUGAGUUGGGUCACGUGAUAGGUUUUUGGCAUGAACAUACACGACCAGACCGUGAUGACCAUGUCACCAUCAUUAGAGAAAACAUCCAACCCGGUCAGGAAUAUAACUUUUUGAAGAUGGAGCCUGGAGAGGUGAACUCCCUGGGGGAACCAUAUGACUUUGACAGCAUUAUGCACUAUGCCAGGAACACCUUCUCAAGGGGCAUGUUUCUGGAUACCAUUCUCCCUUCCCGUGAUGACAAUGGUAUACGACCUGCCAUUGGCCAGCGUACCCGUCUAAGUAAAGGAGAUAUUGCACAGGCAAGAAAGCUGUAUAGAUGUCCAGCCUGUGGAGAAACACUGCAGGAAUCUACAGGCAACUUUUCUUCUCCUGGAUUUCCAAAUGGUUAUCCUUCCUACACACACUGCAUAUGGCGAAUCUCUGUGACCCCGGGAGAGAAGAUCGUUUUAAACUUUACCACCAUGGACCUUUACAAGAGCAGCCUCUGUUGGUACGACUAUAUUGAAGUAAGAGAUGGCUACUGGAGAAAAUCCUCUCUGCUUGGCAGGUUUUGUGGUGACAAACUGCCAGAAGUGCUCACAUCCAACGACAGCAGGAUGUGGAUUGAGUUCCGCAGCAGCAGCAACUGGGUUGGGAAGGGUUUUGCAGCAGUUUAUGAAGCUAUUUGUGGAGGUGAAAUCCACAAAAAUGAAGGCCAGAUCCAGUCUCCCAAUUAUCCUGAUGACUACAGACCAAUGAAGGAAUGUGUAUGGAAAAUAACAGUGUCAGAAAACUACAAUGUAGGAUUAACCUUUCAAGCUUUUGAGAUUGAAAGACAUGACAACUGUGCGUAUGACUACUUGGAAAUCCGAGAUGGAGCAAAUGAGAACAGUCCUUUAAUUGGUCACUUUUGUGGCUAUGACAAGCCAGAAGACAUUAGAUCUACCUCUAAUACCCUGUGGAUGAAGUUUGUCUCCGAUGGAACUGUUAACAAAGCAGGGUUUGCAGCUAACUUUUUUAAAGAGGAAGAUGAAUGUGCCAAACCUGACAAUGGUGGCUGUGAGCAGCGCUGUGUAAAUACCCUGGGCAGUUACCAGUGCGCCUGCGAUCCUGGCUAUGAACUUGGUCCUGACAAAAAGAGUUGUGAAGCUGCUUGUGGAGGACUCCUGACAAAGCUAAAUGGGACUAUAACCACACCAGGGUGGCCAAAAGAGUAUCCUCCAAACAAAAACUGUGUGUGGCAGGUGGUUGCCCCAACACAAUACCGAAUUUCAAUGAAGUUUGAGUUUUUUGAAUUAGAAGGGAAUGAAGUUUGCAAGUACGAUUACGUGGAGAUUCGCAGUGGCCUUUCUUCUGAUUCCAAGCUCCACGGCAAAUUCUGCGGUACAGAAGUGCCUGAGGUUAUCACCUCUCAGUACAACAACAUGCGCAUUGAGUUUCACUCUGACAACACUGUCUCAAAAAAAGGCUUCAAGGCACACUUCUUCUCAGACAAGGAUGAGUGUUCGAAGGACAACGGUGGCUGCCAGCACGAGUGCAUCAACACAGUAGGAAGCUACGUCUGCCAGUGCCGGAAUGGAUUUGUGCUACACGAAAACAAACAUGACUGCAAGGAAGCUGAAUGUGAACAGAAGAUCCACAGUCCCAGUGGCAUCAUCACGAGUCCCAACUGGCCUGACAAGUAUCCCAGCAGGAAGGAGUGCACUUGGGAAAUCAGUGCCACUCCUGGGCAGAGGGUCAAACUGACAUUCAAUGAAUUUGAAAUAGAACAACAUCAAGAAUGUGCUUAUGACCACUUGGAAGUGUUUGAUGGUGAAAGUGAAAAAUCGCCAAUCCUGGGACGCUUAUGUGGCAAUAAAAUACCAGAUCCUCUCAUUGCUACUGGAAACAGAAUGUUCCUGCGCUUUAUUUCUGAUGCUUCAGUUCAAAGAAAAGGCUUCCAAGCAACUCACUCUACAGAGUGUGGUGGUCGUUUGAAAGCUGAACUCAAGCCCAAGGACCUGUACUCACAUGCUCAGUUUGGUGAUAAUAACUACCCGGUUCAGGCAGACUGUGACUGGCUGCUGGUGGCCGAGCGCGGUGCUCGCGUCGAGUUAAUGUUCCAGACUUUUGAGGUUGAGGAAGAGGCAGACUGUGGCUAUGAUUACGUGGAGCUUUUUGAUGGUCAUGAUAAGACAGCAGUGAGACUUGGUCGAUUUUGUGGAUCUGGGCCACCAGAAGAAAUUUAUUCAGCAGGAGAAUCUCUUUUACUUCACUUUCACACUGAUGAUACAAUCAACAAGAAAGGAUUUCAUAUACGAUACAGAAGUAUAAAAUAUCCAGAUAGCGUGCACACCAAAAAAUAACACAAGAACCUCUAUACCAGAAAAGAAGAGUGAGAAAGAAUGCACAGUGAAAAGGAAGGCAUGUCAUUUUUUUUUUAACUGUUAGCACAAAUGUUUAAUUGAAGUUCAGUUGAAAUGCUGACUUAUAAUACCAGAGACUGAAAUGAAAUAAAAUAAAAGAAGAAAAUCACCUACCCCAGUGAAAUAGUCAAGACAACGAUGUGCAGGCUCCAUACUUGACUGUCUCUGCAGAGCUUGUGAAAGGACUUUGCAUGCAGGGAGAAUAUAAAAGCUUUUGUUCAUGGUCCAGUAUUUGCUAGAAGCGCAUGUGGAUUCAAUCAGUUUCAUUCAGGGGACGUGACCCUCUAGACCAUUCUUCCUUCUGACAAUUGUAUGGUGUCUAGAAGGAAAAGAAGCUCUUUUAGGUCACACACUCAAAAUACUGUCCUUCUACCUAGUCGCUUUGACUUUGAAUCCUGCGUACGGCUUGUACAAGGACUUGAAAGAAGAUAUGAAAUGGGAAGGCCUUCCUGCAUUGUUCUGUAUUUUUUACAAAUUCACCUGUCAUAUCAGGUUAUUAGUGUUUUGAAACUGGAAAAUCCUACUUCUGAAACUUAACUGAUCUAUAGAGUAUUUUGUUUUACUAAAGACUGAGAAGUCUGAACUGUUACAUUGAUCAUCACUGGUGACCAAUCACUAGCUGACUAAAUUUUAAUAGUGUAAGCAUCUGAAAAUGUUUGGUUUACUGGUUAAGUAAGCUAUCUCUGAUGAUGUGCUCUUAUUUUGCACUGAAUAUAGAAAGAGACUGAAAUGAAAACCUGUCCUGUAUCAAAAUCUGUAUCCAUGAGAAAGAGAAAUGGUCAAGGAUCAUCUGAAACUCCUCCUACUGAAUUUGUUUUCAGCAGUACAUUUGAAAUAACUGCUAAGCUUUAUUUCUUUGGACCUUUUUGUGAAUGAGCUAUUUGCCUGAUUCAGUUACUCAGAAAUGAAGCUGCAGUAGUGUCCAAAAGACAUGUUUCCCAAAGAGGUUUUUGUUAGUUUUUUUCCUAAGAGUAAGACUAUCCAUGAUGGUGAAGCAAAACGAAACAACAGACCCAGGAUCUUUUUGAUAUCAAGUGUGAAUUCCUAUGGUGCUAUUCCAUGAACAUUAAAAAAAAAACAAACCAAGAAGUUUUAGACUUUUGAGCCAACAGUUUGCAGAUCACGAAUGUCUCACUAUACCUGGCUGCAUCUGGAGAAGGAAGGCUUUACUGCUCCGAUGGAAAGUGGGUUGCAAUGGCAGUGCUAUUCCUGUGGAACAACUACUAUUAUUGCCUUAGAAUCCUCACACACAGUCAGACAGAUCUUCCUGUAGAUACACUCCUAAUUUGAUAAAUAACUUGACAACCUGAGCAUCUUAACAUACACUAACAAAAGGAUCUUCAAGCAAAAGCCCCAUCUGUGGAGAGAGAUCAUCUGCUGUAAAUACAGAGACCUGCUUUUGAUGUAGAGAUAUGUUACAUUUAGAACUGAGAUAUUCUAUGUGCUUUAGGCCAUACAUGGCUCUAGUCAUAAUGUAUAUGCAUUUUGUAAGUAUUGUAUGAAUGAGUGCUCCAGGAGAGUGAGAGGUAUUGUAUGGGUGAAUAUGGAAUUGUUUCUUUAUGUGCCAAGUUCUAUCAGGACCCUGUUUGACUGUAGCAACUUUUCUUUAAAGGCUUCAUAGACAGAUAACAAGGACUUCUAGUUUGCAAGAAUCAAGUUUAAAUGAGGUAUUAUGUUUCACUUAAAAGAAAUUUUAUUUUGAUAUCCUUUGAUGUAAGUUGCUACUCAAAUUAGCUUAGUUUUUGUUUCCUUCUAUGAACAUACAUUGGCACUAAUAAAUCUGACCUUUUUUAUAAAAAUAAAAAAUUAA